CCCUCAUAAUAAUAAUUCACUAGAAUAUUGUUCUUUUAAUUUAAUUAUUAAUAUUUUAUCCAUCAUCGCAUAAAUUUUAUCUAAAAUGGGUUCGAAACAUCAUCCAGAUUUAGUCAUGUGCCGGAAACAGCCAGGAAUAGCGAUUGGAAGACUCUGUGAGAAGUGUGAUGGCAAGUGUCCAAUUUGUGACUCAUAUGUAAGACCAAACCUUUUGGUUAGAAUCUGCGAUGAAUGUAACUAUGGAAUAAACCAGGGAAGAUGCGUAAUCUGCAAUGGGCCUGGAAUCUCAGACGCGUACUACUGUAAAUCAUGUUGCCAAUGCGAAAAGGAUAGAGACGGUUGCCCGAAGAUUAUUAACCUAGGGAGUGCAAAAACAGACUUAUUUUAUGAAAAAAAGAAAUACGGACAAACGAAACAAUUCUUUUAGCAUUUCUUGUACAAUAUUUUAAAUCUGAUAUUACAGA